UCAAGAGGUUCAAGUGAGAAGUCUUAUAUAGUCUGCUUAGACCCAACACAACCAUGAGGAUCUUCUUCGAUACUUCUCAAUCUCAAUUCCGUAUUUAUGAACCCCAGCUUUCCGAUCAUUGCCUCAUUUCUCUCUUCAGUUUAAUCGUGUAGCGAUUAGGGUUUCGUAAGUUCUUUACUUAUUGUUGAAAUUCGGUCUUCGAGAUCGAGAUUUCGUCUCCGAAGGGCAAGGUGCCAAUCAUUUCUGUAUCUGGAGCAAUGAAGCCGAUUGGAUCAUCUUUGAAUCCAUAUGCAACAUCCUACAUUCCACUCUCCAAGAGAGAGGCCAACAAAACUUUUAUACCAGAAAACUCUUCCAGGGGAAAUGUUGGGGCUAUCAUUCCGGGAUAUUCUGAACAUCAUAUUUAUAAUCCUCAGUACGACGACAUUUCCCCGUUUUUAAACAUGCAUCGUGGCGAAAAGGCACCUGGUUCUGUUGCUUCUGCUGUGAAGAAUCACCCUUUUCAUGGACCAAGUUCACGAAGGACUGAAAUGGCGAUGAUGUUUGGUAGAGAAAUGUUCAUGGAACUAGAGUUGCUUCACGAAAGUUUCCCUGGAUUAUCUGAUCAGUCCAUUACUGAAGUCUAUUUUGCAAAUAAGGGUGACUUGGAUGCUGCUAUAGACAUGCUGAACCAGCUCGAGAACAAACAUUCAGCUGAUUUUGAAUAUGCCCCUCAAAGUCUCCCGGACUCUUUGGACAUCGGCGAUAUCUCGGAAUCUGGGUUUGCAGAUGUUAGUCAACCAUCUUUCAGAAUGAAGAGUGCCAAUGGCGGCCCUGGUACCUCAUCCAGGUUCUAGGGAGUGUCUGUUGGUUUUGAGAAGUGUGUUUUUCCUUUGAUUACUUGUGUGGGUUGAUGCUCCAUAUAAGUGAAAACACUCUUCUUUGGGAUAUAAGGGACCAUCUUUGGUUAUAGGAUUGUAUAGUUCCUUAUACUUACAUGAACUCAUAUGCAUCGGGGUCGUUGUCGUCGUCGUUUCGGCCAAUCAAAAAGAUCGAAAUAUAGCGAGCUUUUGCUGGUUGAUUCAAGUCCACACAUGAUUUCUGAACUAUUUUGAUUCAGAAUUAAUAUUAUGUUGUAUUGCUUCAUUGCAUUU